CAGCUUGCAAUGAAUCUGUCAAGUGUGCUAUGAAGUAGAAAAAAAAAUAAAAGAAAUUUUCUUGUAGUUGCAAACUGUACAGUAUCUGCGUUUUUCAGCUCUCCAAGAAACAAAGAAAAUGCAGCCUGUUCGUUCGGUUGCCAACUUGGCCAUCCGCAAUGCUGCGUUCCUGUCUCGCGGAUACCAUGGACCCAGCAAUUUCCGUGUGUACACAAUGAACGACAUGCCUGUCCCUGAAGGCGAUUUCUUCGAAGAACACCGACGUAAGAAUCGAGUGUACAACACCGUGCUCGCCGCCGGCAUUGUUAUUUUUGGCAUCACCCUAACCGUGGCCAAGGAGAGCGGAUUGAUCUACCUUAACUACAACCCUCCGAAGAGCCUGGAUUAAACAAGCGUCUGGAACGAGUCGCCACACGAAUGGCAUGUUAGAUGGUCCGUGAAAAUAAAUCAAUCUAAAUGAUAUAGUCAUAACCCGCUGCGUGAUGUUUGUUGCAUUAUUCAUGAAAUGGUCGAUUAAGUUGAAAUAGUUAAAAUAAACGCUCAUGCGAUACUGCUAUGAUUGA